UCUGGGCUCCUCUUUCUACACCUUUUCAUUCCGUUGUCUGGGACUGAAAGGUUCCUAACCAAGCUCGGAAAGCUGAAACUAGGCUCCAGCCCCUUGUUACAGUGGACAGAAUACAGAGUUUGAGGUCAGGUAACAACAUUUCUUAAAAACUGUUUAAACGCCAGUUCCCUGUGUCACUCUGAUGAGGUUGCUUAACUCCCAGAGUCUGGUUUCCUCAUUCAGAAAGUGCACACUUCACGCCUUUGUUAUGAGGAUUAAAUAUGUACCAAUUCUUUUUGUUCAAGAUUGUAUUUUUUUUUAAGAUUUUUUUUUAAUUUGACAGACAGAGAUCACAAGUAGGCAGAGAGGCAGGCAGAGACAGAAAGAGUGGGAAGCAGGCUCCCCGCUGAGCAGAAAGCCCCAUGUGGGGCUCCAUCCCAGGACCAUGGGAUCAUGACCUAAGCCGAAGGCAGAGGCUUUAACCCACUGAGCCACCCAGGUACCCCAUCAAGAUCGUAUUUUUAACUGAUCUCUAUACCCAGGGUGGGGCUCUAGACCCCAAGAUCAAGAGUUGUUGCAUGUUCCCCUGACUGAGCCAGCCAAGUGCCCCUCAGUGCACAAGUUCCGAAAAGCACUUUUCCCAGAAGCUGGACCUUAGCAGGGACCCAACACUGUAGCUCACAUGACUCUUGUUAUCCAGGCCAGAGCCGAUGGGGCUGUACAUCAAAGUCUGCCCGGGAAGCAGACCCACUGCUUUUCCUUCCCUGGGGGGGGGGGGGGGUGUAGUGGGACAGACAGUCACGGCACUAGUUGAUAAACUGUUCCAGAGACGAAGAUCGCCCUAACAAACGCUAAUAUCAGGCUUGCUGUAUGUCUUAAGUGCUUUAUGGGUAAUCCCUCGUUUGAGUCUCAGCACAGCCCAGUGGGUUAGAUGCUAUCACUGGCCUCAUUUUACAGAUGAGUAAACCAAGACUCGGAAAGGGAAAGUCACUGGCCCCGAGUUGCUGGGCUCACUCAGUCUCUAACCACUGCUUUCCUGUGCCUCUCUCUGUGUAUAACAAGCCUCUGCCUGGUUUUAGCAUCACCGGGCCAGGAGUCACUGCAUUCUUCUCCAGCAUGGGAAAGAGAGAAGUGACAAAGAAUGUUUGCUAAACAGUUGGACUUGAAGGUUCUUUCCUAGGGGUCAGAAAAUAACUCGCCAUCCAAGAGCUGACCUGAGAAUUAAUUAUUCAAGUUAUCAAAAGCAUCCAGCAGCCUGAGGACUCCACCCUCGAGUUGAGCAAUGUAAUCCACCGCUCACUUCCUCCACUCUCUUCUCACCACCCCGCCCUGUCAGUCAGACACAUCUGCCCUCCUGGACGGGUCCCACAGGUGAAAGGCCCAGGCUCCUGGCCAGGACUUAAGUUUGCCUCCAAUAUGGAAGACGUGGACUGGGAGGCUUACGGCUUGGAAGAUCUCUUUGGUGAAAAUUACAGUUACAGCACAGACCUGCCCUUCAUUCCAGAAGGCUCUGCCCCAUGCAGGCCAGAAUCUCUGGAAAUCAACAAGUAUGCAGUGGUGGUCAUCUACGCCCUGGUCUUCGUGCUGAGCCUGCUGGGAAACUCCCUAGUGAUACUGGUUGUCCUAUACAGUCGGCUCAGCCAGUCUGUCACUGACGUCUACCUGCUGAACUUGGCCAUAGCCGACCUGCUCUUCGCCCUGACCUUGCCUAUCUGGGCUGCCUCCAAGGCGAAAGGCUGGAUCUUUGGCACACCCCUGUGCAAGGUGGUCUCGCUCCUGAAGGAAGUCAACUUCUACAGUGGUAUCCUACUGCUGGCCUGCAUCAGCAUGGACCGCUACCUGGCCAUCGUCCAUGCCACACGCACACUGACCCAGAAGCGGCACUGGGUCAAGUUCAUAUGCUUAGGCAUCUGGGCGCUGUCCCUGAUCCUGUCCCUGCCCAUCUUCAUCUUCCGCAGGGCCAUCAAUCCCCCCUACUCCAGCCCGGUCUGCUAUGAGGACAUGGGCGCCAAUACCACGAGAUUGCGGAUAGUGAUGCGGGCCCUGCCCCAAACCUUUGGCUUCCUCGUGCCCUUGGCGGUCAUGCUGUUCUGCUAUGGACUCACCCUGCGUACGCUGUUCCAGGCCCACAUGGGGCAGAAGCACCGGGCCAUGCGGGUCAUCUUCGCCGUCGUGCUCGUCUUCCUGCUCUGCUGGCUGCCCUACAACCUGGUCCUGGUCGCAGACACCCUCAUGAGGCUCCGGGUGAUCGCGGAGACAUGCGAGCGCCGCAACGACAUCGGCCGGGCCCUGGAUGCCACCGAGAUUCUGGGCUUCCUCCACAGCUGCCUCAAUCCCUUCAUCUACGCCUUCAUCGGCCAGAAGUUUCGCCACGGACUCCUCAAGAUCAUGGCCUUCCACGGGCUCAUCAGCAAGGAGUAUUUGUCCAAGGACGGCAGGCCUUCCUUUGUUGGCUCUUCUUCAGCAAACACUUCUACCACCUUCUAAGCCCCUGGGCCCUGCUGGAGCGCCUCAGGGCACCUCCCGCGCCGUCGGCAUCCAUCCCGAGCCUCAUGUCCACUGGUUGUUUCCAGUCUCUGUGUCAAGGCAGCUCCCGGCUGUGGUUACAGGAAGCUACUGGGGCCACGUCCUUUUCAAGCCCAUUGGACGGUUUAGAAAGCCUGCCCUCGUUCCCCACGCCUCCCUAUACUUCCUAUGCCAGCUGCUAGAGCUCAGUCCAUCCUAGCACUGAGCUCAAGCACUCUGGUGUCUGGGGCAGUUAAAGACAUUCGAAAGGCAUCCUUUCAGGUGACGACAGAAAGUUCCUACCACGGGGAGCCAUUAGUGGCAAACAGCAGUCGUUGCUUUCCUGACUCUCCCUUUCUUGCUUGCUGGCAAAGCCCACCUCCCUUGAGGGAGGCCAAGAAGGACAGACACUCACUUUCCCAGACUCCCUUAGCUAGGAGAGGCCCUGUCAUCCACUUCUGACUAGUAAGGUUUCAGGGCAAUAGUGUGCUGGUGAAAAGAAGUCAGGGUUUGUAGCAUUUACCAAGUUGCCUGCAUCAGCAUGUUCCCACCAGGGCGAUGUCAAAGGUUUUCAUGUGUUUAGCAACUAGCUCACAAAAAUUUAGGAAAUGAAUGGGCUGCUUUCACAAGCAGGUACAAACUGGCUUCAGGACACCAAUGCCUAAGAGGAAGUCUGCUGGGUCCAGGGACUCCUGGGAAGUAUUCCUGAUUUAAAAAGAGAGAGAGGCACACACACCCACAUGUCCUUGGUUCUUGCCUUUAUGGUUCUUCCCAAUAUGGUUGUGGGAUAUGAUGUGACAAAGAGGCAAAAAUUGUGCUCAACACACUUGGGCAGAUGGAGUGGAUGAGAACAAAGAGCCCAGAAGGAGACCCAAGCAGAAAUGGUCAAUGAUUUUCAACAAGGGUUACCAAGAAUAUUCAAUGGGAGAAAGGAUAGUUAUUCAACACAUGGUGCUGGGCAAACCAGUUAUCCACAUGCACAGGAAUGAACCUAGUCCUUUUCCUCAUACCAUAUACAAAAGUUAACUCAAAAUGGAUCAUAACCUACACAGGAAAGCUUCAACUACUAAGUGUUUAUUAGAAACGUAGAAGAAAAGUUUUAUAACAUUGGAUUUGGCAGUGAUUCCUUGGAUAUGACACCAAAAGCGCGGGCAAGAAAUGAAUAAAUAGAUAAUUGGAUUUCCCCAAUGUUAAAAACUUUGUACAUCAAAGGACACGAUCAAGAGAGUGGAAAGGAAAAUCAUAGGAUGGGAGAAAAUAUUUUUGAAUCAAAUUUUAUACAGUUUACUCUCCACGAUACACAAAUAAUUCUUACAAUUCAACAUCAAUGACAACAACAACAAAGACAGAUAAUAACAAGUGUCAGCAACGAUAUGGAAAAAGUGGUGGGACGCUUGUGCACCGUUGGUGGAAAAGUAAAGUAGUGCAGCUGCCGUGGAAAACAGCACCUCAAAAGAUGAAACAGAACUACUGUAUGAUCUAGCACUUCCAUGUCUAAGUGUACACUGAAAGCAGUGAACUGAGAGCAGAGACUCAAACAGUACACUAAUGUUCAUGGCAGCAUCAUUCACAGUUGCCAAAAAGUGACAAUCACGCAAUGUCAAUCAGUGGAUGAUGGACAAAAAAAAUGUGGGGUAUACAUGCGAUGGAAUAUGGUUCAGUCUUAAAAAUGAAUGAGUCUCUGGGAUAUGCUACAACAGGGAUGAACCCCGAAAACAUGAUAUGAAGUGGAAGAAGCCGGGCAAAAAUAGUGUAUAAUUCCACUUUUUAGAAGUACCUACAAUAGUCAAGCUCAUAGAGACAAGAAGUCCAACAGUGGUUACCAGGUCCAGGCAGAGGAGAAAGUAAGAAGUAGUUGUUUAAUGGGUACACAGUUCAGUUGGAGGCGAUGAAAAGUUUCCUGAGAUGGAUAGUGGUGAUAGGGGUAGGACAGUAGGAAUGUGCUUAAUCCCACUAAACAGGACACUUAAAACUGGUAAAAAAAAAAAAAAAAAAAAAAAAAGGUCAAUUUUAUGUUGUGUGUAUCUUACUGGAAAGGAAAAAAAACAACAACUAGUUCCCAAACGACAAAUUUCAGCAAUUGAACCAUUUGUGGAACCAUCUACCUGUAACUUCUUGUUCGAGUAGAUAAUUAAAUGUCUUUUUUUCUUUGUACAAGCCA